AUCAUCAAAUGGUCUAGAUGCAUAAUGCACAUAUCCGAACCACAAACCAUAUUCAUCUCAUUCUUCAUAUUCGGACUCUUGAAUAAUGUCCUAUAUGUAAUUAUCCUAUCAGCCGCCAUAGAUCUCGUAGGAUCAGCCACUCCCAAAGCAGUGGUGUUGCUAGCCGAUAUCAUACCUUCAUUUACCUUCAAGCUUGUAUCACCAUUCUUUAUCCAUCUACUAUCGUAUCCGUUUCGAUUAUGGACCAUACUUGGCUUGUCUAUGUCUGGCAUGUUGAUCAUUUCAUUGACGCCGAAUGGGUUGAUCGGAUUUAAGAUUUUCGGCAUUGCAUUGGCGAGUUUGUCAUCUGGAUUGGGCGAAGUAAGCUUCCUCCAGCUAACUCAUUACUACGAAGCAAAACAUUCAAUAGGUGGGUUCUCCAGUGGGACCGGUGGCGCUGGUCUUUUUGGAAGUUUUCUAUUCAUGUUGUUCACUAAUAUAAUGGGUAUUCCCGUUUGGCUUACCCUAUUUAUGUCUUCCGUCGUACCCGCGGGACUACUAUUGACGUAUAAUUUCCUACUUCCCCCUCCAGAACUUGAAUAUGAACCAAUAUCAGAAAACAUAGUCGAAGAAGGGGAACUCGCAUUUACAGAGAACAAGUUUGACUUGCAUUACAUGAAAAAUCACAUUAGUGAAACCAUCACCGAGAUAAAACCGUUGAUCAUUCCAUACAUGCUCCCCUUAACUACAGUGUACGCCAGUGAAUACACAAUCAACCAAGGAGUCUCCCCCACGUUGCUCUUUCCCUUGGAUGACCUCCCACACUGGCUAUUUUCGACGUAUCGAGACUUGUAUGUCGUUUAUGGAUUCUUGUACCAACUUGGUGUUUUCAUAUCACGGUCAUCCAUUUCGUUCGGGAUAAGAAUCAAGCAUUUGUACGUUAUGUCAAUGUUACAGUUUGUCAAUUUGGUAAUCACGGUAUGUCAAUCAAUGUAUGACUUUCCAUUCCAUAGAAUCUGGCUAUUACUAGUACUUAUUCUAUAUGAAGGGUUAUUAGGGGGGUUUUCGUAUGUAAACACUUUUGUGUCUGUAAGUGAGCAAACGCCUAAGGCGAAGCGAGAGUUUAGUAUGGGAUGUGUAAGUAUGAGUGAUUCGCUUGGAAUUGUGAUUGCUGGGUGUAUUAGUUGGUGGCUAGAGACGAGAUUGUGUGGGUUACAGGUUGAAAGAGGGAGAGAUUGGUGUCUUACUGGGGGAGGUUCCUAAAUUAUAGCCACUAGUGUACAUCGCGUUUGUAAUCUUAAUAAAACAACUAGGUCAAACUUAAGUUGAACCAAUUUG